AUGGAAACCAUAGACACGAAAAUAUAUGCCGAAAACAUUAGUAAAUAUAAAGGUGUGAGGUUGCUCCCAAACGCUACUUUGGAAACAGUUUUUCACAACGAAUCCGAAAAUAGUAACAUCCGCAUCAUCGCACAACCACCUGUCAACACUGGUAAAAGAAAAGUGAAUAUUUUAGAUGAGGAAAAUGCUCAAGGCGGAAAAAGAGCAAAAACUUUGGAUUCUCUUCUUUCUUUUGCGACAUUACAAUCCCCUGAUGUAAAAAAUUUUUCCCACAAGUUCUAUGACCGUGAUCAAGCUCUGAAUUCAAUUCUAAAUGUUGCUCGCACGAACUACGCCGGGCGCAAAAGUUCCGACCACAAAGAUCACGAAUUUAUUCUAAUUCCUGGAGGGAUAGGAAUAGGAAAGACACGUAUGGGGUGGGAAUCACAACAUUUGUUUUCCAGUCUGAAAGCAAAAGAUAGCGACACUGAUGAUUUUGUUGAAGCUCUGAAAGAUCCCUGCUAUAUAUUCAUUGAUUUGAAUAAUGGAAGUAAGUAUAUUGAGGGGUUUGAUGAAGCUGCAGAAUCAAGUGUGCGAAUCGGGACACGUGUUGCGGUGUCUUCAGGUUUGGUGUCUGAGAGCCUAUCCGAUUUGUCAGAGAUGAACAUUAAGCUUUUUCGCCUUCCUGACGUGAUUUACGAGAUUCUUGAACGUCGUUUUAAAACAAAACAACGUUCAGUUGAGGCCAUCGUCAUCCACCUUGACGAAUAUCAGCUGUAUAUUAAUGAUGUUCGAAAGUACCAACAAGCAUCGUGGGAAGAUGCUCGCGAUUACUUCAAAUCAAUGCUAAGAGAGAUUGGUAGUGUCAUGCGUGGUAACAUGAUGAUAAAAACAGAAAGUGGACAUGCAGGCAACUCGUAUCACGGGCUUAACGGCAGAUAUUUUAUCAUCCCAAUCUGUACAGGAACUUCUGCAAUUGACAUUCAUUUUUUACCUACAGAGCAUACGAAUAAAAGGUUGGAGCUCAAACCUUUAAAUUAUGAUUCAGCAAAGUCAAUGUUUCUUGACAAGUAUAAUUAUUCGAGGCAAACAACCGAAAGCAAUAGAGAGCUAGUGACUCAAGGUCUCAAAAAACAUUACUCAUUUACUUUUGGUGAAGAUGUCAAUGAUCUUUCAAUGAAGCUUUGUAACUUGGUCCUAAACCAACAACACUUUCGCAUUGCCAUGUUUGACUCUGGCUUCAUUCCGAAAUUCAUUGAUGAUCUCUUACAACCUACUUUGCUCAUGUCAAAUUUUGAUUGGGGGAAUCAUCUUUUUAUUUCAAUGUCUGAGCGGACUGUUGCUACAGUUGGGAAUGCUCCGGGUAAUUGGAAGAAGUUGGAUGAUAUACGUACCGUAAUCUCAUUUGGGCUUACUAGGCAACUUGUUAAGCGAGACUUUCUACUACCCAGCCGUACUUCCAUUGGUGAACUCGAGCGAGCUGGUUUGAUUUAUCUCUCCAACUCUGAAGAUGAAUGGUAUACUAUUGUUAUGCCCUUCAUGAUGCUGAAGAUACUCAACAACAAGCUCCUUGUUUCUCAAGUAGAAACCGUGUUUCCAGAUCACCUCCUCUUAAUCCCGACACAUGAUUCCCCUUGGCAAUGGCAAAACUUUGAACUUCUAUACAUAUAUUACCAAAAAGCCAUUAUUGAUAGUUUAAUCGAAGUUCAGAGGUCGAUGGUUUUGUCAAUUCAGCAUAAAAUUCAGCUACUCCAAUCGAGCUUACAACAAGAAGUUGAAGCUAAUAAACGAUUGCAAAUCAAUGAUGAAAUCAAAAUUCGAGAAGAAAAUCUUAUUAGUCAAAUAAACAUGAACUGGCGACUAUCUGAUAUAUUUCGUGACGCGAUAGGUGUUGACACGCUUCUUCAACGCAGAGUACGGUUACGCAGACUCAAGGUCUUUACCGAGAAAGAGAAGUUUCUUCAACGAACAGACAGCGUUGCAAAUUUCGACAAGUUGAUAUUAUGCGAUGAUAACGUGACUCGCUCAUUCGAUGAAGGUAUUUUCCGCUGUUACCGAGGAUAUGCUAAUAUUAUUCACCGCUGGGUUCUCGAUUCCUCUGAUAUUGAAAAGAAAUUAGCGAUCUUUUUACAAAUCAAGUAUUCAGAACGCGAUGCAUCAACUACUAUUUCCACACCAUUCAUUAAAAAAUGGUAUGAAACGACAAUGGCAUCGGUGAAAAAUUACGAAACUGAGUAUGAUGUGGUUCUAGUCUUGUUCACAAACAGACGUUGUUUAGGAACUCUCAAUAUUGAACAAAUGCCUCAACUACUUCUCAUAUAUCCAGAAAAUAUCGAGAUGUACCUUUCUCCGACAUUUGCUCAUCGUG